GUACAUAUUUUUAAACUGAACUAAAUAGUCUUGAAAACCUAAAGGGUGGCGCUGUUUUGUUAGUAAAAUGCCAGAAUAAGCGCCAUGACAGUGAAUCGUUGUCGUGGGGGCAGAUCGUUGAACAACCGGACAGCUCGGUGGUGCUGAAUCUCCACUACGAAACCUGCUCACCCUUUUCAGCGACGAAAUAUCCUUGGGAUUAAAAUUGUGAGAAUAUGUUCGGGAUUAAGACCGUAACAGCAAAAAUCGAUAUUUCUGGAAACGUACGUCAUUUCCUUUGAAGUGCAAUAAACCGGCACACAACAAUGGAGUCCUUUGUAACAAUGCAGUCUUGUAAAAGGUACGUGCUGCUCGUUAUUCUUUUUUUUUUCGUUCGUAACACAUUGACUUCAGUGACUCAUUAUUCAAUACCUGAGGAGAUGAAAGAAGGAUCAGUUGUAGCAAACCUUGCUACCGAUCUCAGUCUGGAUGUUAAAACACUGAACCAGAGGAAGAUGCGUCUUGACAUCAUUGCAAACAAGAAAUAUCUGGAUGUGAACAAAGAGACUGGUGAACUGUAUGUUGUUGAAAAGAUUGACCGGGAAAAUAUUUGCAAUACCAAGUCAUCAGCGUCUUGUUAUCUCAGACUGGAGGUAAUACUAGAAAACCCAGUACGAAUUUUUAACAUAGAAGUAGAAAUAUCGGAUAUGAACGACAACGCCCCUCAGUUUCGAAGAGACGUCAUUCAUUUAGAUAUAUCUGAAGCCGCGUUAAAAGGAGAGAGAUUCUCUCUCAGUAAUGCAGUUGAUCCUGAUGUUGGAAUAAAUUCAGUGAAAACGUACCAUCUGAGUGAAAGUGAACAUUUUAAUAUUGAAGUUCAGACUGGCAGAGAAGGGUCGAAGUUUGCAGAUUUAAUCUUAACAAAGACUUUAGAUCGAGAGCAGCAUGCUGUUCAUAAUUUAAUACUCACAGCUGUAGAUGGAGGAACACCUGCUCGUUCUGGCACUGCAAGUGUUAUUGUUCAUGUUUUAGACACAAAUGACAACACUCCUACUUUUGUCAAAUUAAACUACAAUUUAAAAAUAAUGGAAAAUUCUCCUAUUGGAAGCCUUGUUGUUCAUCUCAAUGCAACAGAUUUAGAUGAAGGGUCAAAUUCCGAUAUUACGUAUUCAUAUAGUUUAUAUACGUCGGAGAAAACACAGGACACAUUUAAUCUGAAUCCUUCUAGUGGUGAAAUUACCGUUAAAGGAAUGCUAAACUAUGAGGAUUUCAGGAUUUAUGAUAUGGAAGUUAUAGCAACUGAUAAAGGAGCGAGUGCAUUAUCAGGACAAUGUACUAUAAAGAUUCUGGUUGAAGACAUGAAU